AUGGACGACAAUGAAGGAGGCUCAAUUGUCGUCAGUGUCACACAGACCCGGCCCGGGCGAGUGCGGUCGGUUCUGGAGGACAAUAUCAUCGUGUCUGAGGUUCAGUUUGUGGAAACCAGUGGAGGGGUGUCUUCAGCUGUCGGCCAGUUCCUGUCAGCUGAUGGGAAACGACAGAUACACAACCUCGGCAGCCAGCUGCAGCUGAACCAGCACUGCCUAGACACGGCCUUUAAUUUCUUCAAGAUGGUGGUGAGCAAGCACUUGACACGAGGGCGAAAGAUGACACACGUCAUAGCCGCCUGCCUCUACCUGGUCUGCAGGACAGAGGGAACGCCACGUAUCCUUCUCACAUUGAUCCCUAGGGAGUGAAACCCUAGUUACAUCCUUUGUGAAUGGUACUCCAUGGGGAAAGGUGUGCACAAUCGAAAUUAGGUUUGGCAUCUUAUCUAAAUUAGGUAAUAACAAAAAGAGUAAAUCUCUGGCUUUUAAUAAAAAAAAUCCUGUAGCAAAAUUCUGUAGUCAUGGAUUUGACAUAUCUAUAUAUGAAAUGUGAACUUAUAUAUAUACCUUUAUAUGUUUUGGUUGCUGUUUUAAGCAAUUAGCUGAAUUUUUUGCAAGAUUUCUUUGGUUAGGCAGCUUCAUCAGAACCAGAACCAAACCAGCGUAAUCCAGUCUGAACCAGUGUAGAAGUUCAUGCUGGUCUAUGGUUGUCUCUUUUAUCAGUUCAUACUUUCCCCAGGGAAAACCUGGUUUAGGGUCUGAAGAGACGUGUCAGGAUGUGAAAACAAUAGUACUGCAAGAGAGGAAAAAAGGAAGAGGAAGAGUGUUUUUACUGCAUCUUUCAGAAACUCGGAGGAUGUUCCCUGAAGUAAAUAAUAGAAAACAGCUCAGAUUUUCAAUCUUUGUCAUAGUUGUGUUCAAAAGCUACUGAAGUGACACUUAUUUGACCUAAGUCCUAGAGACUGAAGUGGAAUUCUGAAGUGAUAGUUGAGAGAAAAUCAUUCCCCUCCUCCACAUUUUUGUUUUUCCCCCAACCUGUCAUAAUUCUGUUCCCAGAUUUUGAGUUUGAGACUCACCACUCCUGUUACAACCCAGCACUCCUGGAUAGUGUUACACCACUGCUUUCACUCUGUCUCAUGAAAAGACAGACUCUUACUCACAUUGACAAGCACCGUCCCAUGUGUCUGCUUGGGACACACCCAGAUCUCCACUCUGCUUUUGUGAAGCGUCAGGCCUGACUGCUUACCUGGUGUGGCGUUUAGAGUUGUUACCUGUCUCUGGGUGCGGCUGUUUUAGUUGCGUGCUAAGAUAUGGGACUUCAUGCUAAAGAGCAGAAACACAAAAAGAACUCGUCCAGUACUUUACAGACUGCCAAACCCAUUCCAAAUACUGUCCUAUUUUUAAAUGUGUACUGUUCUGCUGUGCCUCAACAAACACUCAUGCAUUUAUCUCAUGCAUCAUUGUGAUAUGAUAUACAGACCUGUAUAUGGAUAACUGUAUUAUUUUUAGAUUUCACUUAAAAUAGUUUUUUUUUUUAGGUAAUUCUCACCUGAAGUAUUUACUAUUAACUUAGGAUUCAUUAAAAUAUUUCAUCAUA